AUGGACGAAGGCGACGGUCUCACCAGGUACACUCUGGAGGGAGAAGGCGUGGGUUCCGUGUUCGUGAUCGACGGGAACACGGGGAACAUCCAUGUCACCAAGUCUCUGGAUCGAGAGGAGAAGGACGAGUACCGCCUCAUCGCCACGGCAACGGACCGAGAGACGGGGCGAGCCCUGGAGCCGUCCUCGGAGUUCAUCAUCAGAGUCCAGGACAUCAACGACAACCCCCCAGUGUUUCCCAACGAGCCCUACAUCGCCACCGUCCCAGAGAUGGCCAAUAUAGGCACAUCUAUAAUCCAAGUCACAGCUCGAGAUGCAGAUGAUCCCACUUAUGGAAAUAGCGCCCGCCUGGUGUACGCCAUCACACACGGACAGGACUGCUUCUCUGUGGACGCCCAGACAGGCGUGUUGCGGACUGCGAUGCCCGACAUGGACCGCGAAAGCCGAGAUGAGUACCUGGUGGUGCUGCAGGCCAAAGACAUGGGAGGGCAUCUGGGUGGCCUCUCUGGGACCACCACAGUGACAGUGAAGCUGAGUGAUGUUAACGACAACCCGCCACACUUCAGACGCAGUGCCUGGUCCUUCUCAGUGUCAGAGCUGGCUGCUCCUGGUGUGGAGGUGGGCAGACUGACGGCCUCUGACCCCGACCUGGGAGAGAACGCUCAGCUGCAGUUCACCAUCAUGGACCAGGAGGAGGCGCUGGUCUUCAACAUCAGCAACCGAGACAGAGAGGCCGUGUUAGUCCUGAACCAGUUGCUGGAUUACGAAACUCGCAAUUCCUACACGUUCUCAGUGGAAGUGGCCAACCCUGUGGUGGAUCCACGGUUCCUGAAGAAAGGCCCCUUCAAAGACCAGGCCACGGUGCGGGUGAUGGUGCUGAACGCAGACGAGCCUCCAAAGUUCUCUCAGAGUCGGUACCAUCUGGACGUGUCCGAGAACUGUCCCCCGGUCUGUGCCGUGGGACGAGUGCAGGCGGUGGAUCCUGACACUGGACAGAGCCACAACAUCAGGUUCUCCAUAGACCCUCAAACGGACCCUGAGGCCUUGUUCAGAAUCUCCUCUGACAGCGGCUCAAUCAGCUCUGUGAUGGAACUGGACCGAGAGGAAGAGCAGUGGCACAAUAUCACUGUCAUUGCCACACAGAGAGACAACCACAAUCUGGUGUCGCGGGUCGUGGUCGCCAUAGAGACACUGGACCAAAACGACAACGCUCCGGAGCUGGACCGACAGUAUUCCACAUCUGUCUGCGACUCCAGCGCUCCGGGACAGGUCGUCCAAGUUGUGCGAGCCGUGGACCAGGACCAGGGAGGACAGGACAUCCCCAUCCACUUCAGCAUCGCUCCGGAGUCCAGCUCUGCCCUUAACCUCUCCAUCAAAGAGUCCGGAGGUGUGACAGCCAGCCUGGUUCUUCAGUCGGCCCUGGAGCCCCUGCCAGGCUUCUCUACGGCCUCAGUCGCCACGUACGUGCCACUGGUCCUGCGUGACGGAGCCUCUGGUCUCACCAACACAGGGACAGUGACCGUGACCAUCUGCCCCUGUCUCAGAGGGGGCAUGCACACUGAAGACAGGGGGCGCCAGCGAGACCGCAGGUGGGAGCGGCACAUGGUUUGUGUGCCUGUCUCCUCCGCCUCGCCAUCUCUCAUCUUCAGUCUGAUCACGCUGCUGGCCAUGCUGGCCUGCGUCACCACUCUGCUCGUGGUGUGUGCCCUGUCGGUGUCACUGCGCCAUCAGAAGCGAGACCCUCUUUCUCCGUUCGAGGAUGACGACGUAAGAGAGAACAUCAUCUCGUACGACGACGAGGGCGGAGGAGAAGCUGACACAGUGGCGUUCGACAUCACCGCGCUUCAGAGCAUGCACCGCAUACAGCACAUCCAGAACAACAACCGCAACAUAUGGUUCACUCAGACCACAGCACCCAGACCCAGGACGUACAGCUGCAGCCGCGCCCCUCGCCCCGCCCCAGACGCCCCCAGGCCAGGCUCCGCCCCACUGUACGGGCGCCUCUGCUAUGGCCUUCAGACCCUCCCUCACAACGGCCUUCAGACCCACCCCCACAAUGGCCUUCAGACCCUCCCCCACACCCUGAACCACACCCUGCCUGUGCUCCGGGACUUCCCCCCAGUUGGACCCCUGGAGUCCGGGCUACAGAUGUCCCAGUUCACCCCAGGACUCUCCUCAGGGAUCACCUCCUCGGGAAUCUCCUCCACUGGGAUUGCCUUCUCUGGAAUCUCCUCCUCUGGGGUCUCCUCUUUGGGGAUCUCCUCUUCGGGGAUCACCCCCUCUGGACGCCUCCGGAACUCUCUGGUGAUCCCCAACCACAAUAGCUUCGAGACCCUGCUGCGCUCGCCUCACAUCAACUCCACCAUCUACGAAGCCGAGCUCACCAUGGAGCAGAGAGAGACGGGAGCGGGGGAGAGAGAGGGGGAAACGGGGGAGAGGAGGAGCGAGGUGGAGGAGCAAGCCAAGAGCGUGGAUCCCGAGAAGGCAACUGGUUUCUGCGACCCCCACGCCUCUUACCAGAGUCACACCAGCUCCUCCUCCACGGCUCCCGAGGGACGACCAGAAUCCUCCCAGACCGAGAUUAGCACGAGCUGCACCAUCGACGAGUUCGACACCGACUCCUCCAUCUCCUCUGUGCUGGAGCAGAACUAUCACGGAACCCCCACUUCCCUCCCUUACCCCAGACCAGACACGUACAGCAUCGUGGGCUCUCUGAACGCUAACGGCAAAGCUCUGAACGGGACCAGUGUGACCAGUGUGGGAGGUACUGGUGCCAUGUACGGUGGGAGAAUACCGCUGCUGAAUAUGUACAAGGAGAACACGGGGACGGUGAGGAACAACAGACCAGCAAAACCCCAGCCGCUGCGGAUGGAAGAACUCCUCAACGUCAGGCUCAACCACGUCACCUUCGACCUGUCGCAGCCGCCGUACGAUUCUCUGCAGACGUACGAGUUCGAGGGCCAGGACUCCAGAGCAGAAUCGCUGAGUUCAUUGGAGAGCGGAACCGGCGAAAAGGACGCUGCCUCAGAGCGAGAGGAGGCGACGGCAGAGGAAGGAGGAGGAGGCAUCGAGGAGCUCAACGACAAGUUUCAGAAGCUGGUGGAGAUUAUUCGAGAGCGGCAGAAGGAGCGACAGAAGGUGGAAGAUGCGAGCGAACAGACUGCGCACAAGGAGCAAGAGACACCAAUGUUUCUGGAUUUUUAG